AACUCAGUCAGUCAGUCAGUGCUGCUCAGAGGGGAAAAUGGCUCAGAAAGGAGUUCAGCUAAACCGAGAAACGUUUUCUUGUUCGAUCUGUCUGGAUCUACUGAAGGAUCCGGUGGCUAUUCCUUGUGGACACAGCUACUGCAUGGAAUGUAUUAAAACCCACUGGGAUGAAGAGGACCAGAAGGAAAUCUACAGCUGCCCUCAGUGUAGGCAAACCUUCACACCGAGGCCUGUUUUGGUGAAAAACACCAUGUUGGCAGUUUUAUUGGAGGAGCUGAAGAAGACCGGACUCCAAGCUGCUGCUGCUGAUCCCUGCUGUGCUGGAGCUGAAGAUGUGGCCUGUGAUUUCUGUACUGGGAGGAGGCUGAAGGCUGUCAAGUCCUGUUUAGUCUGUCUGGCCUCUUAUUGUGAGAAACACCUUCAGCCUCACUAUGAUGCACCUCCAUUAAAGAAACACAAGCUGGUGGAGCCCUCCAAGAACCUCCAGGAGAACAUCUGCUCUCUUCAUGAUGAGGUGAUGAAGAUGUUCUGUCGCACUGAUCAGCAGUCUAUCUGUUAUCUCUGCUCUGUGGAUGAACAUAAAGGCCACGACACAGUCUCAGCUGCAGCAGAACGGACUGAGAGGCAGAAAGAGCUGGAGGUGAGUCGACUAAACAUCCAGCAGAGAAUCCAGGACAGAGAGAAAGAUGUGAAGCUGCUUCAACAGGAGCUGGAGGACAUCAGUGUCUCUGCUGAUAAAACAGUGGAGGACAGUGAGAAGAUGUUCAGUGAGCUGAUCCAUCUCAUCCAGAAAAGAAGCUGUGAUGUGAAGCAGCAGAUCAGAUCCCAGCAGGAGACUGAAGUGAGUCGAGUCAAAGAGCUUGAGGAGAAGCUGGAGCAGGAGAUCAGUGAUCUGAAGAGGAAAGACGCUGAGCUGAAGCAGCUCUCAGAUACAGAAGAUCACAACCAGUUUCUCCACAGCUACCCCUCAGUGUCAGCACUCAGUGAGUCCACACAGUCAUCCAGCAUCACCAUCCGUCCUCUGAGAUACUUUGAGGACGUGACAGCAGCUGUGUCAAAGGUCAGAGACAAACUACAGGAUAUUCUGAAGAACACAUGGACAAACAUCUCACUGACAAUCACACAACCAGAUGUUUUACUGUCAAAUUCACAUUUAGAACCAAUGUUCAGAGCUGAUUUCUUAAAGUUUUCACGUGAUAUCACACUCGAUCGAAACACAGCAAGCAUACAUCUGUUAUUAUCUAAGGGGAAAAAAAAGGCAACAUUAGUAACUGAAUGCCAGCCUUAUCCUAAGCACCCAGAGAGAUUCACUGAAUGGUGUCAAGUCCUGAGCAGAGAGAGUCUGACUGGACGUUGUUACUGGGAGGUUCAGUGGAGGGGAGGUGGAGGUUAUGUAGCAGCUUCAUACAGGACGAUAGACAGAGGGCGGAACUGGAAGGACUGUAAGUUUGGACAUAAUGAGAAAUCUUGGGCAUUAAAAUGCUACCAAAACACUUAUGAAUUUUUCUACAACAAGAUUUCAACUCCUGUCUCAGGUCCUCAGUCCUCCAGAGUAGGAGUGUACCUGGAUCACAGUGCAGGUAUUCUGUCCUUCUACAGCGUCACUGAAACCAUGACUCUCAUCCACAGAGUCCAGACCACAUUCAGUCAGCCGCUGCAUGCUGGACUCUGGGUUGUUGGCUCUGCUGAGAUUUGUAAACUCAAUUAAACGGAAGUCUUAUAUCUGUGUUCAGGGCAGGAACACAACUCUUAACUUGUCACAAAGUUGUUCUGUAACUGCUGGACAUGUAAAUGAUUGGGUUAAAACUUGAUGAUCAGUGUUCAUAGCAGAGGUGUUAAUGUUGAAUGUUUCACGUUUUAAAAAAAAGAGCAGAAAUCAUUGAUUUUCUUUUCUGAUUUUAAUGACUGUGGUUUUGAUUUUCACUUUUCAGUAUUUUGUGAUCAAAGACCAAUCCACGAUUUUUAAUUAGUUUUUAUUUAAAUUGCAUUGUUUACUUUCACUGCUGUGAUGAUGAUUGAAAAAAAAAAUUGAUCUCUGUCGAUAGCUGGACAGAUUUUGCCAGCUGCGUUUAUUUUUCUCUAUGAGUUCAGUUCAUUGCUGACAUUCAGAAUUCCACACCACAUGUUGAACAUACGUCAACCAGAUUCACACUCACCUUCUGUGAAGUUUUUGUUUUCUAACUCAACAGUCAGUGGAAGUUGGAACAUUUUCUGGAAAACUCUCAGUAUUCUGUGUGAAGUGUAAAGAUGUUUAUAGUGCCUGUGAAAAGUGAAGCAUGGUGGUGGCCAUGAUGCAACAUCAUGAUGCUGCCACCACCGUGCUUGGCCAUGCUUGAUCAUUGUAAAACAAUAGAAGGAAAAAAAAAACUUUCAAGGGGAGUGACUACUUUUUUAUAGGCACUGUAAAACUUAAGACAGUGUCCGCCAUGAAUCAUAUAUUUGUUCAAAGGUUGAAAGUCAUCAGAAUAAGAUAAGCUUUUUGGUUUCUUUGCUGGAGACCGGUUUUCUGGAUCUUGUUUGUCAGUAGCUCCUCCAGCAAAUUUUACAGUUUUGUCUAAAAUGUUCUGCAUGUGUUUGCAUUCAUUUUAGUUUGUGUUUGCAGGAGAUUUAUGUUGAGCAGUGUGACUUGUUUGAUUUUAAAGUGACACUUAAUGUGAAUUAUUUUCCUCUUAUUAUUAUUAUCUGUUAUGAUCUGCUUGUACGACCACACUGGGGAUUAAUAAAAUUAUUGUUGAUUUAAA